ACCCAGGAUGACCUGCAUGUAAACUUGUUGUUCAUCUGAUGGUUUAUCAUGUCCCUUUCACGUGUCCUCGCCCUCCUCGCUCUCCUGCUGCCGUGGGGCCGGUGUCAGAACGGUGGUCAGUUUGAUGUGUGUCGAUCUCUGCGCAGCUUGAAGGCUGGGCCUUUCUUGGAGUUUUAUGCCUGUCAGCCCCCAGCAGCCAACAUGAAGGAGGUGAUGCAGAUCAGAGUCGACCCCCCUGGAAUCACCUGUGGAAACCCACCUGAGAGAUUCUGCACACUGGAGAACCCAUACCUGUGUAGCGAUGAGUGCGAUGCCUCCAGCCCAGACCUGUCUCAUCCUCCUCAGCUCAUGGGAGACAGGGAGAGGGGUGGGCUCAUCACCUACUGGCAGACAAUCACAUGGUCUAGGUACCCUGAGCCACUGUUGGCCAACAUCACUCUCACCUGGAACAAGAGUCUGGAGGUGGUUGAUGACAUCGUCAUUACCUUCGAGUACGGACGUCCAACCAGCAUGGUGCUGGAGAAAUCCAUCGACAAAGGUGUCACGUGGCAGCCAUAUCAGUAUUACGCUGAUGACUGUCUCGAGGCCUUCGGCAUGUCGCCCAAACGAGUCUCUGAUUUAACACCGAGUAACAUCACUCGGGUCAUCUGCACAGAGCAGUACUCCCGCUGGGUUGGAGCCAAGGAAGAGAAAGCUGUGGUGUUUGAGGUACGAGCACGCUUUGGGGUGUUUGCUGGUCCAAAGCUGAUUAACAUGGAUUCUCUGUACACCCGGAUGGAGACCACGAAGGGUCUUAGAGACUUCUUUACUUUCACCAACCUCCGACUGAGGCUCCUCCGCCCAGCACUGGGAGGAACCUACGUUCAGAGAGACAACCUGCUGAAGUACUUCUAUGCUAUUUCCAACAUCGAUGUAUUUGCCAGGUGUAAGUGCAACCUGCAUGCGUCUCAGUGUGUGUUGCGUGAUGCGACACUGCACUGUGAAUGUGACCACAACACGGCCGGGCAGGACUGUCAGAGCUGCAGACAAGAGUUCACAUCUCGCACCUGGAGACCAGGAUCAUACCUGCCCCUGCCCAAAGGCACCGCUAAUGCCUGUGAAGCAACAGAAUCUGUAGCCACGGCUGGUGACUCUAACUCUGAAGCAUCUGAUAGACCUUCUGCCUCAUCAGAUGGAGUGACUGACAGUACUACUACUACUACUACUUCUACUUCUGCUAUACCUGAGAGCAGUACACCAACUGACACAUAUACUGCUGUUGGUAUUACUACAUCUACAACCGACAGUACUACUAUCAGAGAUAGUACAGUUAUUGUUCCUACUGUAACUGACAAUAGUACCCCAACUGACACUACCAGUACCGCCAAAGACAGUACUACCACUAUGUAUUCUAUAACUGACAACAGAACCCCAACUGAAAUUACUACUGCAGAUACCAGUGACAGUACUACCACCACUUAUACUAUUACUGACAGUACUCCAACAAGUGAUACUAAUACUGCUGUUGGUAGUACUAACCCCAUGACUUCUAAUGACCCAGCUUCUCCUAAAGAUAUUCCUUCAACCACAUUCAUGUACACAUUGACUGAUAACAGCCCAGGAGGUUCCACUAAUACUGAAGGCAGUGUAAGUACCAGUACAUACAUGACUGACUCUAGUUCUGUGACUUACUUUACUGGUAGUAGUGAUUCAACUGACCUUCCUGUAACUGGUGUCGACUCUACCUCAACAUUCACGACUAGUACAGUAGUUUUUACUGCUGUCCGUAGUACUAUUAGUACUACAGGUUCUGUUGCAUUUCCAGACUCACUCAGUACAACUGGACCUACCACAGACACAGCUCCACCCAACACUCCACGUCUGAAGACUGGAGACAGACCAGCUCCCGCAGUACCAGACAGCACCACCAACAGUCUCACCAGUAACACCCCCACUGUCCCAGGCAGAAGUACUGACUCUGGGUUAUCCAUUUCUGACCCAGUGACUCUACCCUUUAACUCCACUUCAGACUUUAGCUUGCCCGAGAAAGUUAACACCAAACUGGUUAGCAGUGCUGUUUCACCUACUGUUGCAGUACCAACUGGAAUCCUGCCUCUAACAACCAUCCCAGAAAUGUCUCUACCAGGUGACAGGUCUCCAUCUGGAUACUCUUCCCCCACUGGAUAUGUCCCUACUAGUCAGGCUGGAGAUACUCCAUCUACAGCAGAAGCUGACACAACUACUGUUCUUCCUGAAUUUCCAAUAGAUGUACCUCCUCUGGAUGUACCGCCUCCAGAUCUACCACUGGAAGCAUCCUCUCUGGAUAUAUCUCCUCUUCCUGAUGAAGCCCUUCCUGACAUACUUUCUUCUGGUGUUCCACUGGAUGUACCAUCUUCAGAUACACCUUCUCCUGAUGCACCAUCUCCAGUUGCACCUACUUCUUAUGUACCUCUACCUGAUAUACUGCCUCUUGAUGUAUCAUCUCCAGAUACACCACCUCCUGAUGAAAUUGUUCCUUUUGUUCCAAUCCCUGAUGCACUGUUUCCAGAUACAUCAUCUCCUCCUGCUCUAUCUUCCCUUGAUGUACCAACUUCAAAUGUACCUCCUCUUGAUGUACUUCCUCCUGAUGGAGCUCCUCCUGGUGUAUCUUUCCUUGAUGUACGUACUUCAGAAGUUCCUCCUCCCGAUGUCCCUCUGGAAGUACCACCUUCUGACAUACCUGCUCCUGAUGUAGCGCUUCCUGACCCAGCUUCUCCUGAUGUACUGCCUCCAGACGCACUUCCUCCUGACCUACCUUUUCCUGAUCCACCUUCUCCAGAUUUACUUCCAGAUGUGCCAUCCACUAAGACUCCAGACACUUCAGUGGAUUUACCUCCUCCUGAUGUACCUUCUCCUGAUGGGGCAUCUCCAGAAGUACGUCCUCCUGAUGCUACUCCUUCAGCUCCAGAUAUUCCUGGGGAUUCCUUGUCUCCUCCCUCUGAAGCAGGUCCUGUAUCCAACACAAAGUCCAGUACUAUAACUCAGUCUGACCCUACUGGUGAUUUAGCACCUGUUGACUUUACCUUCCCUAUUCCAGAAAAUCCAAAGUCAGCUGGCCCUGGACAAGAAUCAGGAUCAGUUUCUCAGUCCAUACCUGUAGUUGAAUUGGGGAAUUUUUCAAAUGAUUCCCGUGGUUCUAUUGAUACUCCUGGAUCUAAUUCUGUCAAUGCUGGACAGGAAUCUUUUUCAGUAGGGCAAGACACGGGAGAGACAGGAAAGGACAAACCAGAAUUAAGUGGACCAGAUUCUUCUGUGCCAGACAGAAACAGCCCUAAUUUAGAUCCUAGACUGGAUCCCUUUCCAGGUGCUGAGAAUCCUGGAGUAGAUUCUUCAGCAGUCCGGAAGGAAGAAAAGUCUUCUGCAGAGGAAUCAUUCGAACCAUCAGGAGGGUUGAAGUCUGAGGAAAAGAGAGACUCUAAACAAGAAAAGACAAGAGAAGAAAAAGAGGAGAAAGCAUUUGAUGGGGCCAAAGAGGAAACGAAAGAAAAACCUAAACCGGAAGGAGAGCAGGAGAAAGAGGACAAGGGCUAUGAGAAGAAAGCGACCCAGAAGAUUCUGAUUCCAGGAGGACCAAAGUUCAGUCAGCUGUCCAAAAUCGCCUACGUCAGCUUCCAGGACUGUGAGUGUAAUGGUCACUCCAACCGCUGCAGCUACAUCGACUUCAUCAAUGUGGUCACAUGUGUGAGCUGUAAACACAACACGCGAGGACAGAACUGUCAGUACUGUCGCCUUGGUUACUAUCGAAACAACUCGCUGCCGCUCAACGACGAGAACAUCUGCAUUGAGUGCGAGUGUGACGCAGACCGCAGUGUGUCUCCUCGUUGCUCAGACUUGGGUCUCUGUCAGUGUAAAGAUGGAGCCGCGGGGAGGCGUUGUGAAUCCUGUUUACCUGGAUACACCUGGAGAGGAGGCGGGGCUGGCUGCACAGUGAAUGCGUGUGAUGGCGAGGGUUUGAUCUGUCAGAAUGGAGGAACCUGUGUCGACUUCCUGCGCUGUGUCUGUCCUGAUAAUUUCACAGGUUCAUUCUGCGAGCAGAGUGUCUGUCUGAGGAAGGAUGGCUGCCCGGAGAACGCUGAUGACUCCGCCUCUUCUCUGACAUCACAGCUUUACUUGCUGACCCUCAGUCUUGUCACCACCACCUUCUGUUGACCCUGCCCCCAGGCACGAGGUCACACCCACUGAUGACAUCACCUUUGAUGUCAUCAGUGGGUGACGAUUUGAACCAGAGAAAAUGUUUACUUGUAUUUUUUUUCCACUGAACUGAAUGUGUUGUUGAUGUUGUACAGAAUGACAAUCUUAAGCCAUCGUCGUCAUAUGACAUUACAUAAGGCCCCGCCCACUAGGAUGAUCAUCAUUCACAGUAAUCAGGCGAAUCACAGACAAAUGAACUUUUUAGUUUUGAAGUUUUUGCAGACAAAACUGCCCUGACCUUCCUCUCCCUCCUCCUCCUCCUCCUCCUCCUGUGGGCUUAAAGGACUCCACUUUUAUCUGUGACCUGUGACCCUGUGAGACUCUCAACUUGUAGAAAAGCUCAAAAACUGAUGAAGCAAGAUGUUCUUCAGUUCUCACAUUCUUCAUCCUGACCUGCAGCCUACAUUGCCCAUGCUGCACUUGGACCUGUGACAGCUGCAUAUGAGAUUGAUGUCACACCAUGUCACAGUGCAGAGCGUGAAAUCAGCUGUCUGAGCAGGCAGCUGAUUAAUAAAGGCAGACAUGUCCUCAUUCUGUUUACAUACUUCAUGUAGAAACUUCAGAUUUACAUGAGUUUUAUUGAUGAAGUGAGAUGAUAAAACAUGAACGCAGACUGGACCUGCCCAUCUAACUGGGAGGUCACAGGCAGCAGGAGCGGCGUCUGCAGUCUGCUGCCAUAGUUUGGGUCACUGCAGAUUAAUAAUAAUGAGAGCUGUAAAAAGCUGUCCUGAUCAAUCAGAUUUACCCUGUGAUGAUGCAGAGGAGCUGUCAGGUCAUCUAACAGCACAUCCAGCUGAAGCUACAAUAAACAUAAAAUUCUUUGGUGUGUGCGCCGGUGUUGUGCCAUAAAGUGAUUUCCAGUGUUUCUGUGUGCUUUUAUGUGUAAUGUCUUUGUUUACAUUGGUAAAUAGAGUGCGGUCAGCAUGAUUUAUGACAGGCUUA